AUGGCAAUGGUGCGAGCCAAAAAAAAUAUUGUUUCUUAUGUGAGAGAAUUAAAACCCCGUAAAGAUACGUCCCGUAUUGAAGUUAGGAUUGUUCGCUUAUGGAGAAACUAUAACAAAGAAUCCGGAAACACCAUUGAAAUAGUGGUUGUUGAUAAAGAAGGGACAAGAAUUCAUGCUUCAGUUGGUGAACAACUCAUCAAAAAAUUCGAUGACAAGCUACGAGAGGGAGAUGCGAUUGUCCUCCAGUUGUUCAAAGUGUACGAUGCAACUGGUGAAUACCGUACAAUGCCACAUCCUUACAAAAUUGGCUUCUUUCCAACAACUUUUGUUGGAAAAACUGAUGAUUUUCCAAGUGCAGUUCCCGAAAAGUAUUUCGCGGACUUUUCUGAUAUUCUUGGUGGAAAUUUGGAUCAUAACUGUUUGGUUGGUGCUUACUCCAUAUCUAGCGGGUAUAAUUCAAUCCAUAUUCUGCUCAACCCAACACUUGAUUUUAUUGAGGAGUUCAAAUCAAGUCUCCCUGAUGAUUCACUUGCUCUUACAAACAACGAUAGUAGCCAAUGGUCUGUUGGUACUGCUACUUCUAUUCGUGCCAGGUUUUUUGUUCUUAAUGAGAGGCUAACCAUCAGAGAGAUCAUUGACAAUACUCUGUUGCAAAUACCACAGCAAAAAGUGAUGCCUACCACCAAUGUUGAUGCUGAUGGCCGGCCCUUGUUCUUCUGCAAUACGUGUGACAAAGAACACAGUGAUGUCAUUUCCAGGUUCAAAUUAAUUGCCCAUGUCAAGGAUGAUAGCGGUGAGGCUAAUUUUCUUUUGUUUGACGCUAAUGCUCAACAAAUUGUGCGUCAUUCUGCUGCUGAACUCUAUGAUGAGAAUGAAGAUGAAGACUUCUUACCAGAAGCAGUUAGCGAUCUCUUUGGUAAGAGAGUCCUUUUUGAGAUUUCAGUUGACGCUGAUAACAUUAAAGGAAAGAGCUCUCAGUAUGUGGUUCGAUUGGCUACUGAUGACCGUGAAAUGGUUGAGGAAUUUGCUGAUUUGCCUCCUAAACCGGUCCUAAUGUUGGAGUCCGCAUAUGAUAUUUCCUCUGGUUCUGGUGGUUUUACAGCAACUCCUUUGUCCAAAAGAAAAAGCGAACAAGAUGACGAAAGUUACCUUGAGGAUCAACACUCUGUUAACAAGAAACUCUCUCAAAAGAAACUCAAGGGCGAGUGA